CUGACUUCCGCUGAUAGAAAUACAGUCACUAACAGCCAAAAUUCCGCUUUACUGCUUUGGUUUAACCCUGUGUGCUGACCGCAAACUUGUGUUAGGAUUCCUACAAAAGCAGAGCAAAAUGGUGGACUGUGGCCUGUUAACACACAACAGGGAGCCAGCUGUAAAUGAGAAAUACACUUAGCCCAGUGAGUCUGCGUCGCUUUACACUGAACAGCGGAUUGGUGAGGUGUGGCUGGAUUUGGGAAGUGUCCAGUCAUGCAUGACACUGAGCUUCCCAGCACAACCCCGCAGAGAUGACCAGUGACUGUAUCUGUGAAUCAUCGGUCACCAUAUAUAAAAAAGGGCCAAGCCCAAAAUAGUGAAAUAUUUAGCUUUUAAUGGUCUUAACAACAAAUCAUUGGCAAGGAAAUGAGCAAAAAUUAAACAAAUAGAUAAAGGAAGUUAUUAUGGGAAGCUUUUCCCUUUGAUUUCUUUAAAUGUUUAAGUCUUGUGGCCCUUGAUGGUGUGACAGAUAACCAAAUAAUGACUAAUCUUUUAAGGGAAAAAAAAUCCCAGAAAAUAUUUUUGGAACAUUUUGUACACACAGACGUGUGUUAGUUUGAAUUUGACAUCACACAUUUGAAUCAUUAUCAUGAUUUUACCUUUGCAUACAAGAAGACUGUAUAAGUGAAUUUCCCUGUUUCUAGCUUUUCCCCAAACAAACAGUUUACUGCAGCAAAAGGAAACCAGCAAAUGGUGGCACAGGAGCUCUCAGGAAUAAUUUUCUGAACAAUGAUUUGUUGUAUGUCUUGGCCCAUUUGAAAUAAAAAUAAAAAUGAACACAGCGCUCUCCUCCACCCUCAAUACCAUGACUGAGGCGAGACCCUUGAGAAAGGCACCGAACCCCCAACUGCUCCCCGGGUGCCGCAGCCAAAAAAGAAGGCUGCCCACUGCUCCGGGUGUGUGUUCACUACUGUGUGCAUGCACUUGGAUGGGUUAAAUGCAGAGCACAAAUUCCGAGUAUGGGUCAUCAUACUUGGCCACACGUCACAUCACUUCACCUCACUUUAUUUAUUUUUUUGCCCGGUGUAUACAGUCACUGGAUGAGACCCAAAGCCACUAUUUAUUUGUUAUGCGCAUAAAAUCACGUGGUCCUGCACGGUUUUAUCCUAGGUAGUUUUAAGCUAGACAUUUACUAUAUGCUUGAUUGAGAAUAUGAGAUAGGUCUGAAGCAGUUAAAUUUCUCUCUAAAGUCACUUUUAUAUUUGAAUUUUCCUUUUUAAUUUUAUUUUCCUUUUCAUAUUUUAAUUUUAAACAACAUAAUUAGAUUCAUUUAGAAUGAAAAAUUGUUUAGUAUUUCCAUUUUACUCUACAUACUUCCAUUGUAUUUUUAUCAUGUUAUAGCUAUAAAAGUCUUAUAGCUAUAAAAGUAUCCUUUGGUCAUAUAUUUAUGAAUAAGAAUGUAUGAAUGCUUUUUGAGUGUAGUCUGAGAUACAGCACAUAAAUUUCGACUUCCCUGAUCAUCCCCAACAUCUAACAUGCUAACAUAUUUAAUCCUCACAUUAGAUUAUUAUUAUUGUCAGAUGACUAGGUCUAUAGUAUAUAGGCCUGUCACCAUUCGUCUCUCUCUCUCUCUCUCUCUCUCUCUCUCUCUCGAGUUGAGAUGAAUGCAGUCGUAGUUAAGGCUUUUAUUAAAGAGGCAGUCAGACAAAUCCAAAAUGUGAAUCAGGGUCAAAAACAGGAAACAGGCAGUAGUCAGGCGAUGAGCAAACAGAGUACUCAGGGCUAAGGCUAAACACGAGAAUCAGGAGGCUAGUGAAAGUCAGGUAACCAGAACAUCAAACACGAAAACAGAAAGGCUUGGUACACACAGGUGGAGAUAUACACACUGAUUAUGGGCAAACUGAACACAGCUGAGAAUAAUCAUGACACAUAAGGGAGAUAACCAGUGACAGGGCAUGGGUGGAGUUAGGACAUGAAUCAAAACAAAAACACACGUGGCAGAAUAAACAAAGACAUGACAACACGGAAGUGCUGCCGGUGCCUAAGUGCGCUGAGAGCUUCUACACUCGGCACGAGGGGGGAAAUGCCUGACAGAGAGAUGAACGUUAAAGGUUCAAGGUUCUUUAUUUGUCAUAUACAUAUUACAUACAUGUAUGUAUAUAUAAUACAAACUGGUAGGAAAGCGCUUCACAGUACAGAUGGUUAAUGAUCCAAUAAGUACCGCGAAAGCAACCCAAGAGCUUGGAAAUGAAAUGUUCUUAAAUUGCUGAGUCAGUCACCUGACCUCAACCCAACUGAGCACGCUUUUCACUAACUGAAGACAAAACUGAAGGCAGAGAGACCUUUUUUACUCUGUAAAAAAAUGGCUGGAAUUCCUAAACUGUUAAUACACUAUUUUUGUUAAACCCCUUGAAUUAUAGCUGAAAGUUUCUUUCAGUCACAUCCUGAUUGCUUCAUUUCAAAUCCACUGUGGUGAUGUACAGCGGCAAAAUUACAAAAUUGUGUCACUAUGUAUGUGUGUGUAUGUAUAUACAUAUGUACGCUUUGUGAAUGAGGAGAUAAUGGCAUAAAAAUUUAAGCAGAUAUUUUUCCUUUUAUUUAGUGAUGACACUCAUGUAUAAGUGAUAUUAGAGUGCUUCACGACACCAUCUACAGGUUAACUACUGACCCUUUCAAGAUGGAACAGAAAAUCCAAAUAAGAAAAUCCAAAUAAGCUGUUCCCCUGAAGCACAUCGAGGUGGAUCUGCAGGUUCAGGGGCAUGUUGCGGCAGUGACCUCCACUCUGCAGUAUGUAAAUGAGGAAGAGCACCCCCUGGAGGCUGUGUUUGUCUUCCCCAUGCCUUCAGGAGCUGCUCUCUGCCAAUUCAGCGCCAAGAUUGGAGACCAGGAGAUAGUGGCUGAGGUGCAGGAGAAACAGGAGGCGCGGGAGCAGUACGAUGAUGCACUGAGUUCAGGUGAACAGGCCUUUCUGCUGGAGGAGAGUGAGGAGUCUGCGGACGUGUUCAAGCUGAGUGUGGGCUCUCUGCCCCCAGGCCAGAGCGCUGCCAUCACCUUCAUCUAUAUCACCGAGCUGAGUGUAGAGGCUGACCAUUCACUGCGUUUCUGCCUGCCUACAGUGCUCAACCCCCGCUACACACCAGCCGGUACAAGUGCUGGUAUAGUGUCAGAGAUAACAUCUAGUUCCACUGGCAUUCCCUACUCUCUCUCAUUUACUGCACACAUAACCUCUCCAAAUCCCAUCACUAAAGUGGAGUCCAAAUGUCCUCUAGAGCCCUUGAUGUUUCUCAACACAGACCAGACAAAGGCAAAGGUAAGCCUUUGUGCAGAUCAUAAGUUUAACCGAGAUGUUGAGCUGUAUCUAUAUUAUCAGAAUCCCCAUCAGCUCACCGCUAUAGUGGAGGCUGGAGCUCCCACGGCACAGCCAGGAUCUCUCAUGGGAGACCCUGUGGUCAUGGUCAGUUUCUAUCCAGAGUUUCCUGAGUCAGUGAUGUCCUCUGUGUCGUCGUGUGGUGAGUUUGUGUUUGUUAUGGACAGAUCUGGCAGUAUGAGCGACAUGAUGUAUAAUGGGCCAGAUGCACAAAAACGCAUUGAAUGUGCCAGGGACACUCUGCUCCUGCUGCUGAAGAGUCUCCCUGUGGGCUGUUUCUUCAACAUCUAUGGCUUUGGCUCUGACUAUGAAUCUUUCUUCCCAAAAAGUGUGCAGUACACUCAGGACACUAUGGAGCAGGCUGUGAAGAAGGUAAAGGAGAUGCGAGCAGACAUGGGGGGUACAGAGAUUCUGCGACCUCUGGAACACAUUUACACACAGGAUUGCAUCCCCAACCAUCCAAGACAGCUGUUCAUAUUUACAGAUGGUGAAGUAGGAAACACCAAAGAUGUUCUUCACUGUGUGAGAAGAAAUGCUGAUUUUCACAGAUGCUUCUCAUUUGGGAUUGGUGAAGGUGCAAGUUCUGCACUCAUUACAGGAUUGGCUGAGAACAGCUCUGGCCACGCCCAGUUCAUCACAGGAGCUGAGCGCAUGCAGGCCAAAGUAAUGCAGUCUCUCCGCUAUGCUUUACAACCAGCAGUGAUUGAUAUCACUGAGGAUUGGAGUGGUGUGUCUUUCACCCCUCUGAGCCCCCCGAUUAAAACACUUUUCCAUGGUCAAAGAGCACUGAUUUAUGCCCAGCUGAAAGGAGAGGAGUGUCAGAAACCAGACGCUAAGGGGAAAAUAUCAGUGAGGUAUCGCCUAGGAGAUCAAGAUGUCUCAAACACUGUCAACUUCUCACUGAAGCCUGCUGAGAAUAGCGGACUGGCCAUCCACAGGCUGGGCGCUCGCUCUCUGAUCCGCUCUCUGGAAAGGGACGAGCAGGAUGAUAGAGCUGAUAAAGAGGCUCUGAAGGCCAGAGUGGUGGAACUGAGUAAGCAGUCUGGAGUGAGCAGCUCACACACAGCCUUCAUAGCUGUCCAUAAGGGCAGCGGACAAGCUGUGAAAGGACCAAUGAUGCCAAGGAGAAUUCAUGCUGAUUUGAUGCUGGGAUGUUCACUAAGGUCUUUCCACCUGUGUAGAGCUUCACCAUUUGACAUUUUCUUGCCCCGUGUGCCUAAAUGGAUGAAAUGCUUUAGUUUCUCAAAGGCAAAUAAAACUCCUGAGGCUCCAAAGGACCUGUUGCUGCAGCUCAUCUCCCUCCAGAAGGCUUCAGGUUGCUGGGAAAUGAAGUCUAAACUUGCAGAGGUGUUUGGGAGGACAGAAAAAAAGCUGAUGAAGAAGAUUCCUGCACAGGUGAAGCCAGAUGUCUGGGCUACACUUCUGGCACUGAUUUGGUUACAUGGCUUUAAGAUUGAUGCACAGGUUGAGUGGCAAAUUUUGGCCAUGAAAGCAGUGGCAUGGAUCCGCACUCAGAAAGUGGUCAACCAGUCAGAGUGUGUACGAGUAGGUAACGUUCUAUUGGGCUGUCAAGUUAAAGAAGACGCUCUUGGGCUCUGAAGUCUUGACCCUCUUACAGCAUCCACACAAAAGCCUUGGCAUCAUUUCUUUACACUUUUUCUACACAAAAGAGCCUUAUUUUUAUCAGCAUGUUUUUACAUUUAAAGCAGUGUUAUCAGUGGAAUUAUUAGUAUGGCCAUACAGCACUGGAAACUUGAUUAUAAUGUAGCAAUAAAAUAAACAAAUACAUAAGCAUUUUAUACAUAUUUGGUUGUGAAUUGCACAGGAAAUAAAAUAUUUGUUUGUAAAAUCU